AUUGAAUGGAACCGUCUGCACCUGAUGAGGGCAAAGGUGAAUCUGUGCCUUGUUGUUUUGGUGCGUGCUAAGGUCGCUGUGGAGUAAGGUCGCCGUCAGGAACGUGCUUCGCGUUCGUCAGCACUUUUUCCUGGGCUGUUGAAAAGGAUUGUCCAAGAUGUUCGGCAUCGAGUUUGCCCCCCUGAACAUCCCCAUGAAGCGGCGCCUGCAGACUGCCGCGGUGCUGAAGUGGUGUCUGUGCUUCCUCCUGCUGGGGCACUCCUGCUGCAUCCUGGCUGUCGUUCUCCUCUUCACGCGAUGGUGGUGGUUCUCCGUACUGUACGCCACCUGGGUCAUCUUCUACGACAUCAACACGCCCCACAGGGGGGGCCGGCGCUUCCAGUGGGUCCGUAACUGGACCCUGUGGAAAUACAUGGCCGAAUACUUCCCCAUGGAGCUCGUCAAAAGUGCAGACCUGGACCCGGAGAAGAACUACGUUUUCGGCUUCCAUCCGCACGGCGUGCUGAGCGCGGGGGCUUUUGUGAACUUCGGUACGGAAGGGACAAACUUCUCGGAGGAGUUUCCCGGAAUCCGUCCCCACUUGCUGAUCCUGACGGGAAUAUUCUGGAUGCCAUGGCACAGAGAUUACGUGAUGACCAGUGGAUGCUGUGCUGUGAGCCGUGAGUCUGUGGAAUGGAUUCUGACCAGACAAGGAACAGGCAACGCUGCUGUCAUUGUUGUUGGAGGUGCCAUCGAGUCCCUGGAUGCCAUGCCUGGGAAGUGUACUUUGACUAUCAAGAGACGCAAAGGCUUUAUCAGGAUGGCUAUGAAGCAUGGUGCUGACCUGGUUCCUGUGUACUCCUUUGGUGAAAACGAGAUCUACACCCAGCUGAACAACCCACCCGGGUCGUUCAUCAGGAGUUUCCAGACCAAGCUGCAGAGGUUCACGGGUUUCGCUACCCCGCUGUUCCACGGGCGGGGCGUGUUCCAGUACACCUUCGGCAUCGUGCCUUACCGGAAACCCAUCCACACAAUCGUGGGCACCCCAAUCCCUGUGGAGAAGAAUGAGAACCCGACAGAAGAGGAGGUGGAAGCCCUACAGAGGAAGUACAUCGCUGAGCUCACCGUGCUGUUUGACAAGUACAAGGACAUGUACGACAUGGCGGACCAUGAGCUGGAUAUUCAGUAACCGUCUUUUUGAUUGACAUCUCUUAAACUGGCUAAUCUGGCGGAGUCAUGUUUGAGUAUUGUAAAUGCCCUUCACUUUGUGGGGAUUUGAUUUUUCUGUUAAAAAUUGGAGUGUUCACAGUGGUUUUAAGGUCAUGUUGGAAACAAUGGGGUAGAGUCGAUUCCA